AUGGAUGGCUGCGGCAGCCGCUUUCUGGUCCCGCUCGCCCUUAUGCUCACGGGAUUUGCCUUUUCGUGGUUGCUUGUGCUGAGACCUGAGCCAGCAGCAGCAGCAGCAGCAGGAGCACCGCGCUCACCUCCAUCUUUAGCGGGAGGUCACGCCAAUUCCCGUGAAACAGAGAAUAGCCGAUGGUAUCAAAAGCCAAAGAGAGGUCAAAAGACCAAUGACCUUCCUGUAGGUUGGCUGAAAGAACUGUUAGAAGGACGCGGGGCGGCAUUAGGGAAGCACGCGGCCGAACGCCACAGUACUCACGCUACCAAGGAACAGACGCCAACACCGUCAGUAUCUUACCACAUACAGGUUCUACCAGAGAGCGUUUUUUCAGUCGGAAUGGCCACAUUUUCUAGUAAUGUUCAACGUGCCCUCAAGCAGCCCCAGAUGGUGGUGGAGCACUUCCACGACGAAGACGCAACGAAAAUAACGGCGUUUCCGUCAGCAGGGUCGCAAAGAUCCCGUAGUCCUUCUCCUGAAGGCCUAGUCGAGAGUAACGAACCAAGUAUGCAGUCUCCUACUCUUGAAGAGGGAGAGGUACAGCCGCCUAACCUUCCCGGCAUGAAGAGGCAAACAGUAUUCUAUCAUGAUGAGCGCUUUGCCCCUCUGUGGAGACCAGAUGCAUAUGAAAGGAGGAACACAG